CAGGGCUUGCAGCCGAGCACACGGAGGGACACGCUGAAGUCGCGCGUUGCGGUGUGAAAUAGCUGGUACUUAGAAAAAUCCUGAGGGGCAAGCUGUACGAGACAAGGGAGCGCCUUGGCCGGUUCGAGUUUAAGCGUGAAGUCAUGCUAGAACAACUACUGAGCUGUAAAUUAAAGGGAAGAUAAUUUCUGCUCGUGGAGGAAAAGAAACGCGAAUAACCUCAAUGGAAGACUCUCAGGAUCUAAGUGAACAGUCAGUAAAGAAACCGUGUACAGAGUCAGAUGGUUCAGAGACGCAGAAUCCCAGGUCUAUGGAAAUGCAGGAUCUAGCCAGUCCUCAUAAUCUUGUUGGAAGUAGUGAUGCAUCAGGUAGUUCCAAACUGGAUAAGUCUAGUCUUAGUAGCACAUCAGUUACAACAAAUGGAACAGGAGGAGACAACAUGACUGUGUUAAAUACUGCAGACUGGUUGCUGAGUUGUAGUACUCCCUCCUCUGCCACAAUGUCUCUUCUUGCAGUCAAAACAGAACCCAUGAACAACAGUGAAACAGCAACAACAACUGGAGAUGGAUCGCUUGACACUUUUACUGGGUCAGUAAUAACAAGUAGUGGCUACAGUCCAAGAUCGGCGCACCAGUACUCUCCGCAAAUAUAUCCCUCCAAGCCCUAUCCACACAUUCUUUCUACACCAGCAGCUCAAACAAUGUCUGCCUAUGCCGGACAAACCCAGUAUUCAGGAAUGCAGCAACCCGCGGUCUAUACAGCCUACUCACAGACAGGACAGCCCUACAGCUUACCCACUUACGAUUUGGGUGUAAUGUUGCCAGGCAUCAAGACAGAAAGUGGGCUCUCGCAGACCCAAUCACCACUGCAGAGCGGGUGCCUCAGUUACAGCCCGGGGUUUUCGACCCCACAGCCAGGCCAAACACCCUACUCUUAUCAGAUGCCAGGUUCUAGUUUUACACCGUCGUCCACUAUUUACUCAAACAAUUCUGUUUCGAAUUCCACAAACUUCAGUAGUUCACAACAGGAUUAUCCAUCAUACACAGCUUUUGGCCAAAAUCAAUAUGCACAGUAUUACUCAGCAUCAACAUAUGGUACAUAUAUGACCUCAAACAACACGGCUGAUGGCACUUCAUCAUCAUCAUCAACUUACCAGUUACAGGACUCUCUCCCUGGCUUGACUAGUCAACCAGGUACAGAUCUACAUUCAGGGGAAUUUGACACAGUGCAGAGCCCCUCCACGCCAAUUAAAGAUCUUGAUGAGAGAACAUGUAGAAGUUCUGGGUCGAAGUCUAGGGGUAGAGGACGGAAGAAUAAUCCAUCACCCCCUCCGGACAGUGACUUGGAGCGUGUGUUUGUUUGGGAUUUGGAUGAAACAAUCAUAGUUUUUCAUUCACUGCUUACAGGAUCCUAUGCACAAAAGUAUGGCAAGGAUCCGCCAAUGGCAGUGACGCUUGGACUGAGAAUGGAAGAAAUGAUUUUUAAUCUUGCUGACACACAUUUAUUUUUUAAUGAUUUAGAGGAGUGUGAUCAAGUUCAUAUAGAUGAUGUUUCUUCUGAUGAUAAUGGACAAGACCUAAGUACCUACAGUUUUGCAACUGAUGGCUUCCAUGCAGCUGCAAGUAGUGCAAACCUUUGUCUGCCAACAGGUGUAAGAGGAGGGGUUGACUGGAUGAGGAAGCUGGCUUUCCGUUACAGAAGAGUAAAAGAGUUGUAUAAUACUUACAAGAACAACAUAGGAGGACUCCUGGGUCCCGCUAAAAGAGAUGCAUGGUUGCAAUUAAGAGCAGAGAUUGAAGCUUUGACAGACUCCUGGCUAACAAAUGCACUUAAAUCAUUAUCAAUUAUCAGCACAAGGAGUAAUUGUGUAAACGUGUUGGUAACAACGACCCAGCUUAUCCCAGCACUUGCAAAAGUUCUACUAUACAGUUUAGGAGGAGCUUUUCCUAUUGAAAAUAUUUACAGUGCAACCAAAAUAGGCAAAGAGAGCUGUUUUGAGCGUAUAGUGUCCAGAUUUGGCACUAACAUAACUUAUGUUGUGAUUGGAGAUGGCCGAGAUGAGGAACAUGCAGCUAAUCAGGUACUGACUGUGACCUUGGACUCUUAUGUCCAUGCUGCCCUUGUGGUUCAUGCCUGGAGCAACUCUGAGCCUGUGCAUGUGGUCUGGUACAGUCUGGCUCACCUGCAGACUGUUUGCAGGGUACAACCUUAGAGAGAAUCUACCCUCUGCACUGAGGCUUCCUCACCAAGAACAUUAGGUGCCUUGCUUCAGAUGCAGCCUGAGUGACAACUAGCACCUUUGUUGCAGUGUCCUUGGGACAAAAUACAGAACAAACGCAAAUUUGAUGGUCUAGACACACAGUGUAUGCAUAUAAAUUCCCUUGCCAAUUCACUUAUUAAUAUUAUGCUAGUAUUCUUAUGGACAUGCGUUGUUAGGAGACAGACUGGGCUACUGAGGGGCAAGCAGCCUUUCCAGUUGAAGAUUGUCCUCAUGAAACUUUGUAAAUGUCGUUGAGAGCUGUACUUCAUGUCUUAGUGAGGUACUGACCUUCAUUUGAAGAAAUCAGUCCCUCCACAGUCUGCUGUGGGAGGCCAGAGUGGGAUUGCAGGACUGUCAGCACACUUAGACAUGACAUUAUGAUCUUGGAACAACAUAACAAGUAGCAGAGCC